AUGGUAGAUCCCGCGUUAGACAAGCAGAUCAUUCCACUGAGCAGGAUGCCCCAGCAGGCUAGCGUGCGGGACGCCGGCGACGAUUGGACUGGCGUCAUCAACCGGAAAGAACGCAGGAGGUUACAGAAUCGCCUCAAUCAGCGACGUUUUCUUCCUUAUUAUCUGCUAGGGUCGAAAAAGCAAGGCAAUGAGGCAAAAUCGCAGAGUGCCAUCACUUCUACCACCCCUUCUAGCCUACACAAUUCACGUAUACGUCCACAUGAUUUCGACGAGGAAAAUGGGGAAACUUGGGAAUGCCAAUUUGCACCACCAAAUGCCCUCCAAUUUCGGAACCUGUUUGAGGCUAAGGCUUAUGAGUGUUAUAUGAGCGGCACGCCAGACAGAGAUCACCUCGUCAGCCUCAGCCGGCUGAACGUGCACAAAGCUAUCAACGAAAACAUCCGUGCGGUCGGAAUGACAUCCAUAUGGAUGCGAGAUGAUGACUCAAUCUCAAUAUUCAACCUUUCACAGCCCAGCUUCUCAAUCGACCAAAUUCCGCCCUGUUUGCGUCCUACUUUUAUUCAACUGCAUGUGCCUCACCAUCCGUGGCUCGACUUUUUCCCUUUCCCCCGGAUGCGUGAUUAUAUGAUUCUUGCGGGUGACUCUUUUGAUGAUGAGGACCUCUGUCACGACAUUAUGGCCUUUUGGGAUACAAGAAAUACAGCUGCCACCUUACUAGUAUGGGGAGACUCGUGGGACGCCAAAAAUUGGGAAGUCUCGGAAGGUUUCGCACAUAAAUGGAAAUGUUUACUCAUGGAUUCGCCAGAGUUACUGGCUUCCACGAAUCGUUGGAGAAGGAUGAGAGGGGAGAAGCCCUUCAUAUGGAAGGAUAUCCUGAAUGUAAAAUAG